CCGAAGCUCUGAAACUCCCAUGCGCGCCUCCAAGUAUCCAAGCGUGGAUGAUCAGUUCACCACCCGCUCGCUUCUCUCCAAGAGUUCAAGCCGGAGAAGCCACACGCCCACGCCUAGCCGCACCUCUUCCUCUCUCACCAAAAGCAUGAGCCAAAGGAGCACCACGCCCAUCAUGUAUUCCUUCUCCAGGGCUCGGAGAAAACCUGCGCCCAUUGAGAAGCAGCUCGAGUGCACUCUGGAGGAGUUGUGCCAUGGGUGUGUCAAGAAGAUCAAGAUCACCAGAGACGUGGUUUCAGAUGUUGGGUUAAUUGUUCAAGAAGAGGAGACGCUUAAAAUAAAAGUGAAGCCAGGAUGGAAGAGAGGAACAAAGGUGACAUUUGAAGGAAUGGGUGAUGAGAAACCAGGGUCUCUCCCAGCAGACAUAGUGUUCUUAAUUGCAGAGAAACACCACCCCUUGUUUAAGAGAGUAGAGGAUGAUUUGCUGUUGACAAUAGAGAUCCCCUUAUUGAGUGCUCUCACAGGCUGCACCCUCUCGAUCCCUCUCUUGGGUGGUGCAAAGAUGAGUCUACAACUCAAGGACAUCAUAUAUCCUGGUUAUGAGAAAAUCAUCCCAGGCCAAGGCAUGCCUGAUCCCAGAGACCAAGGAAGGAGAGGAGACCUGCGGGUCAAGUUCCAUAUCAAUUUCCCUACACAAUUAAGCAAUCAACAACGCUCAGAGAUUCGAGAUCUUCUUGGAGAUUCAUGA